UGCAAUCAAAUGCUUUGGCACCAACCACAAAGUUGCGCAGAACUCAUCUGGGACCAGUCCCUAUUGGCAGUGAGAAACAUUCAUCAUCUUUGCUACAGUCAUCCUCACAUUCAUCUCCAAGACAUCCUGCGUUGCUAGGAAAGGGCAGCCAUGAGCAGCACAAGGAAGCAUCACCACCAAAACAGGCACAGCGACAUCCAGUGGCACCCCCACGCAAAGCGAUUAUCACCUGUACUACAACAAGAACAGAAUGCUAGGAUGGUGCCUCAUGAUUCUUUAGGUUCACCCCCUUUAUCUUCUUCCUCCUCUUCCUCAACUCUUCAGAAUUCUGACAGCAGCAGGGUACAGUCUUCUUCAACAGAGAGUUCCCAGCAAUGUCAGUCAUCUGAGUCAAAUUCCCCUGUAAACAGUUUCAGACAAUCACAUGUUCAUUCUAGUUCUGGUCUACAGUCUCAGGGAGUACAGCAUUCACGUGGCUACCCACCUGAUCCGAAGCAGGUUGAAGAAUGCUCGAACCAGUCAAGUCCUUCGCCUCCACUUUUACCUUCAUCAUUGCCACCCAGUGUCACUGGCAGGGACCUAUCACUUGAUGACUUGAUGCAGGACCACAAAAGCUCCAUGGCAGACAUAGAGACUUCAGUCACAGGCAGGGAUCAUUCUCAUCAAGCUAGUUUGGAGAUUGAGGAGUAUGACCUGGACAGCAACUUCCCGGACACAUACAAAGACUUCAGUGGGAAUGAGUGGCCUGCAGUGACUGUAGAGUAUCGACUGGAGGAUGGGUUGGGGCCAGGUGGCGCUCAUGUGGAGAAUGAACAUGCCAAGCUGGUGAGACUUGUUGACAUGCAGCAGGAACGCAUGAAGACGCAGGAGUCACAGAUUGAUCUAAUUAACACAGAAAUUACCUCCCUUGAGGAAUGUGAACGAGAGUACGAGGAGAAUCUGCAGGACAUUUUGGUGGAGCUGCUGCAGCUGGAGAAUGUGGAGAGGGAUCUUGAACCUGAGCUGUCUAGGCUGGAGAAUGUGGAGUGGGAUAAUGUCUUGGAUGGUGAGAAAAAAUGUGAGCAGGAUUUAAAAUGUCAGAUUGCUGACUGUCAAGCCCAGAUUGAUGUCUACCAAGAGAAAAUUGAGCAGCUUCAGCAGAGAGAGAGGGAUCUCACUGAAGAGAUUGAAGCAGAGAAAGUGAGAAUCCAACAUGAAGAAGACAUCUUGAAAGCAGAGGAAGCAAGAGCUCAAGAAGAGGCUGACAAGCUGGGCAUUGAGGUUGAGAGCCUUCAGGGGCAGCUGCAGGAGUUGCACAAAACAGCUGGAGAAAGAGAAGUGGUGUUAAGGGAACUAGACACUGCUUUAAAAUCUGCAGAAAUUGAUUUGCAAGAGAGACAAUGUCAGUUGCUUGAGCUGGAGGAGAACUUGAAGGAGGAGAACUUGAAAUGUUAUCUUCAAAUCCUUCCAAAGAUGAUCUUCAGCGACAGGAGAGUGGAGAAACUAUUCUGAAGAUCCUUGAAGGCCGACUUUCUCCACGACUGCCAGCUGCUUCAGGUCCCAUGCCAGAGAAUGCUACCUUGCCACCUUUUAUCUCUGCUUUGGCUCCCAAAAACCCGAGUGGAGUCUGGGUUUGAUAACCUAUAAAACAUGGUGGCAACACCUAAAUAUAAACUGAAGUUUGAUCUGAGGACCCAGAAAACUUGUUCACACCAUGUCACUUCUGACUGCAGUGGGCUUUACAAAUCUGCAUCCAUUUUGAGUUAGAUGGCUCAGAAAAUUUGGUUGUGUCACCUUUUAAGCUGCUUAUGCCCUCAGACCUGAGCGGAAUUGAGGACUGAUGAUUCAAACAAAUCUUUUAUCGUGUCAUUGGUCUCCAUAGAGGUAGGAUAGAUUUUGGUCGUAACUCAGUCCGGUGUCGGGGUAGGACUUCUACCUGCUGACUGGUUUGAUGACUAGUGCCAGUGUUUCACCCAAACUCAGUUGGUACCAGAGCUGGGCUCUGCUUUGUAAAAUAACAUUUUGAGGUCUGGAGAUAGUCAGCUCACAGCUGACACAGACCUGGAAUGACCCGUGAUGUGUCAUACAUUCCAAGAAACUGAAAUGUUUCCAUGGUACAUGCUGCAUAUAGUGACAUCGUCACAAAUUCAUGAUCUUGUUCAUUUAUAAAGUAAAUUCUUGAAUGGCUGACAGUGCAUCACAAAUUUCAUAAACUCGUUCAUUCCUGUGAUCGUCAGGUGCUAACAUUCUCUUUUACAGAAGACAAAUGAACAACAGAUGACAGUAAUACUAAUGCUCAUACUGAUGACUCUUGCCAAACAUUUUGAGAGGAAAACAAUUUGAUGUGAUCUUAAAUAAAAGCACACACAUACACACACUUCCUAGUUGUAGAACAAUAAUAAUGAUAAUGAGGAUUUAUAGAGUGCUUUUCCUAUGAUUUGCUCAUAGCGCUUUACAUAAAUAAUAUACAGGCUGAACCACCAGCAACCAUGCACCCAUAUUCGCAUACAGCAGACGUGCUCACUUCUACAACCACAUCCACUCAUACACAAGUUACAGAAAUGUGUUUUGCACCCAUGUGGUCAGGACAAUAGCACGAUGAAUCAUAUAAUUAGCUUCGAAACAGUCACCCAAUCUCAAACCUGUUAGUGCUGGACAGUACAGCAACUCAGCGUUUGAUCAGCCGCUUCACACACAAAAAACAUUCAAAAAUAAAGAGCAGUUUUAGAUCAAGGCUAAUCGUCAUGGCCAAUUGAGAGCAUGUUUGCAAGCUGCUGUAUGGUAGAAAAUGCCAUUGUUGCUUUCGUGAUAUGUUUUUUUAGUUGUGCAAUGGGAUGGUCAGUCUGUUUAGAGCCAGUAAAUGUGCAAAGUGCUUUGUGUGAAAAGUAAGCCAGCAGAAAACAUUAGUAUUGUCAAAUACAACCAAAAAAAAUGAAAAGUGGGAUACUUCAUGUGAUCUUAUCUGUGAUCUAAGGCUCAUGCAGCAGUUCUUUGUUUCACUUUUUGCUGGAUCUUAAUUACUUAAUUAUAGACUAAGCUUUAUAUAUUUUUUAAAAGUUUGCCUUUUGCUUGUUUUUAACAUUCCUCUAUUGAUGUUUGUUGAGCUUGUUUGAAACUGGAUUCCACAGAACCAAAAACAAAAAUGUUGAGCUCACUACAUCUUCGAGAAAGUUAAGGUGAAGAUUUCUAACCAGUGGUCAAAUAUUUCCUGAACAGCUACAUAUCUCUGUUCUUUACAAUGCUUCUAUCAGUUAUUCUGUCAGAAGUCUCAAUAUCAGAUGGCAAAUUUAGGGUAGAUCAUGUGUUAUUUAUCUGUAAUCAUUGUUUUCCCUCUUUGUACACAAUUGUUCAGCCAUUUUUUUUAAAUGUGAAUUGUUCUGGUCAGAAGUGUAUAUUACUGCACAGUUAACCUGGACAAGUGUGCAUAGCUGCCAAAAUUUGUAUAAAAAAAAAGACUUAUGAUGCGCACAUAUUUUCUACGGGUUAGAUAAGCUUUUGAGGUUAUAGAUUUUCUUAGGUACAGUCCUAGCUGAUUAUUUCACAACUCAUUAUCUCACCAUCUCUUAUCUUGACAAACCUGCCUCUUGCCACACAUUGUGGUAAAACAAAUUUCCCUCAAUUCUUCCUUAUGUGGAUCAUAUACGGUCUUUCUCUUCUGCUUUGAUUUAUGCUAAAGAUGUGUAUUGGAUGUGUUAGGUAAUGAACUGAUGAUGCAUAUACUGCACCUUAAGCCAGAUGAUAAGAUAAAUUUGUAGAAUACAUUUCCCUAUGGGAGGUGAGCUCAAUGUACUGUACACAAAGGACAACGAAGAAAGACCAGCACUAGAAAACUGAUGGCACUGUGGCAAACAGGAAGAGCUUGGACAAAGACGAGGAAUUGUGAUGUGAGUAGGACAUUGUGCUGGAUUAUGAAAGAUAUUUCUUACGAAAGAAGUGGAUUUUGAGGCUGGACUUGAAAGCUUCCAUCAUAGACAUAGCUUGAAGGGAAAAUGAGCUGAGAAGAAGAAUCUGCCAGAUUUCUCUCAUCUGAUGGGUGGCACAGAGGAGUUAGCACGUGUACUCAUUAGUAAAAGCAUUUGUCAUCAACUUCUGACUUUUGGGCUUGAAACUGACCAGGCAUCAUAAUUUCAGUGUUAGGUAAAUCAUCUGAACAUUUUGAUAGUUGUGCAAGGUUUUCUUUCAAAUACAGAGGUGAAAAUUAAGCAACGAAAAAAUGUUAUUAUGAGCAGUUGUGAUACUUUUACAUACAGACACAUUCGACUUGAGUAAAAAUGAUAAAUGCCGAGAGCUGUUUAGAACAGUAAAAAAUGUUUGACUUAAUUUAUACGCUUCAAUUUGGACUUUUCCAUCUGCAAAGGGGUUUUUUUUUAAUUUUUUUUUGUUUGCUUCCCUAUUCUAUAUUUACCUCUGUCAACAUGAGCCAACAUCUGUCAAGUUUUUAUGAGACUUUUGUGACAGUCUGCGGCUGUGUACACCCACCUGUACAAGUGCCUUACCAGAAGUUGUGAAACAAGAUUCCAUAUCUAUGUUAAACGACAAUCUUACUAAGCCUUAUUCUUUUUUUUUUGGCACUAAUUUUUUUUUUAUUCCUGCAAAACUGCAUAAAAGGUGACAGGAGAGACAGGAUGAACACAUGUGAAAAUAUCCUUGUUCGUCAGACAGUUGGCGACCCACGUAGUAUUAAAUGAAGUAAAUCAAAAAAUGAAAUUGAAGUGAAACAGUGUACAGAAAAAACAAUAAAAGGAACAGACGUAUGGUAAGUUGAAUUCAAGUUCUGGUCUGCUUUGUCAGUGUCAGCUUGCUUGUGCACUUUAAGGAAAUACUUUUUCAUGGUUCUGAAAGUGGACCCUUACAGCGACAACCACAGGACGAUUCCUGAUAUGUUCAGUGGCACAUCUGAAACUGGUACACGUGAUGUAUCUCUUUAGCUGGCUUGGGAGAUGUAAAAUAUAUUUUGAGUUGUAUGACUGUUCAGCUCUAUGGUUUAUUUAUGAGAAACUGUUCAAGAAACAUUUUUGAUUGAAGGGCGUUUUCAUGUUUCCCUACAACCAUCUAGGGGAAGGGAGAGAACGGACUAAACUAUUUCUAUUGUUAUAUUAAAAACAAAUUCAUAUAUUUUGUCAUCCUUAUUGUUAGAAAAAUUGUAAAAGAAGUUAUUUAUGGAAAUUGUUGCCUUACUUAUUGACAAGUAGCAGAAAUAUAAAGUAUAAAACAUUCCAGAUUAGAAACUAGUCUUUAAUGUUUAGGGAUUUCACAACUCUGGCCAAAUUAUACAACGACCAUUGCAUCCUUUAAAGGCCAAACUGUUUGCUUAUGGCAGGACAGAAUGGUUCAGCCUAAGCGAGGUAAGGAGCACAUGCAGGGCAGGCAACCUCAUUGAUCAACCUUAGUGGUUAUUGGUCUACCUUAGUGGCUAUUGGUCUACCUUAGUGGUCAUUAAUCUAGCUUAGUGGUCAUUUGCUUACCCUAGUGAUCAUUGGUCAACCUUAGUGGUCAUUGGUCACUGCUUCCAUCUGGCCCGACAAGUGCCCUUGCCUCUCCCUGCCAGAUGGAAUUCAUUCUUGUCAGACAGUGAAGGUCUUUAACUGAAUGAAUAAAAGAGCAAUUUGUAAAACUGUGAAAACUGUGGUCUUUGGUCUUUUCAUUAUUAAAAAAAACAUAUUCACAUUACUUGCCUAUGUGCUUAUUUCCCGCUCAAAAUACAAUGAGACAACAAAGGACACUGCUCACUGACUCACUAUAUCACCAGGUGUUCAAAAGGAAAAAAACUUGAUAGACAUCGAAUGUCUUUAUGUAGUCAGUGGUCUUAAUUUUGCCAGGAGUGUCAAGCAACUGUCCCUUCAGACAACUUGUGCAUCAUGCCAUGGCUUACUUUAAGAUGUAGUGGAGUAGUAGCAGUAAGCAAGUCAUGUUGUGGUUGCCUCUGCACUCGGAUUCCUUUACUCAUGUGGCAUUUACAGCCUACCUCAGAACAAGCACCUACUGUAUCAAUUUCUGCAACUUGAUUCACAUGCUUUUGCUGUGACUUCCAUCUCGCUGUUGAGAGAUGUGCUACAUAAAUUAUUUUUAUGUAAGCACUAAUAUUUUCUCAGUUUUCUGUAGGGGCUUGAUAACAAAUAUUGUAAGACUGAGUGAUUAUUAAAGAAGCAUUGUAUAAUUGAUAGCAGAAGUAUUCUGUGAUUGGAUGAUUUGUAACAGAAGCAUUGUGUGAUUGGAUGAUUUGUAACAGAAGUAUUCUGUGAUUGGAUGAUUUGUAACAGAAGUAUUGUGUGAUUGGAUGACUGGUAAUGAAAGUAUUUUAUGAUUGGGUGAUUGGUAAUGGGAAUUCGUCUCGCUGCAGCUUGUUAAUAAAAUCUUCUUGCAGUUGUUUAUGUGUACUUACGGUGUACUUAGUAAGCCAGAUUUAUUGAUUUGUUUUGACAACUGAAUAUUUCUUCAGUUAAUAGCAAAGGUUAGAUGGAUGUGGUGAUGUUCUUUGAAGAAGAGGUCACAGACAAGCCACUCCUACAUAAACUCUUUUUUUGUUUUUUUGUAGGAGUAGCGGGUGUGUGUGUGGGCGCUAAUCAACAGUUUUAUCGGAGUGAACACCUGAGUGGUGAGGAGGAGAAGUUGACAAAAUGGUCUUAAAAAUAAAAUUUUGACUGGAAAUGCCCUCCUGUAUCAUUUGAUUUAUCUGUCAAAAAAAAAAUGUUAGGGACAUACCAAUAUUAAACAAUUUUUUUUCCAAGUGUGCAUAAGGAUGUAUGUAUUUAUGCAACACAUCAUUUUAAGUAGUAUGAUCCAACAAUUGUAUACAAAUAAGAUUUGUUGAAUAGUAGCUGUCCUGAGUGUUGACAGUGUGUAUGUGUGUACAUAUGCAAAUGAACAUGAAAACUUUGACCCUUUUUUUAAAAAUAGCCACCAUAUUCUCAUGAGAGUUGAUGCAAAGAUGUAUGAGUGGACAGCGUAUUGUACUGUAUGUACCAAGUAAUGAGUGCAUGUGCCAAAGCAAGGAAUGAUUUAGAAGUGUGGAAGCAGAAAGCAUACUGAGUAGUGCUGAGCGAGAUCAUGCUGUGGAGCUCAUUUCCUGAUGUGUGCAUGCCCAUUGCAGAAGAUAUUCACAAAGGUGAACUUAAACUAAAUAGUGAAAUUGUGAACCUUGGUGAGGCAUGAUGCUAAGUGUCAUAUGAAUCAAGCAAUGAGAGAAUACUCAAUAGAAUGUUGCAUGAACUCUGUAGUGUGCGAUGUCAGAUGUUAAUACAGCGUGCUGUUACUGGAACUAUGAUACACAGUGAUUGGAUGUUCGUGAAAUGUGAUUGGAUCGUGAAGGUUCAUAGUGAUUGGAUGUUGGUGUUGAGAUUGAAUGGUGAAGUAGAGUGACUGAAUGGUAAGUGCACUUUGACUAUAUGUUGGUGCUGACUACAUGGCGAGAUGUAGUAAGUGGACAUAAAACUUGUGUUCACUUAAGGUGUGCGGAUUUAUUUAGUAAUGAAAUGCUGAAGUACCGUGACUGCAUCCCAGUGUUAUUGGAUGGUUGUUGUUUAUUGUGAAUGUUGAAGUACACAGUGCUGCUUGUAAAAGGAGCCUGCUUGAAAUCAGUAUGCUUAUGAACAGAGUGGACUGUACUGCUAUAUACAGUAUGAUUGGACUUGAUUGAUAAAAUGACAUUAAAAGUUUAGAAGACAGUCAGUGACUGCUGACACCAAAGUACAUCAACCUUUUGACCUUAAGGUGUUCAUUUCAGUUGAUAAACAUUAUGUAUCAAAUUCUCAUCCACCGAUUCAGUUUUAGCUUUCUGUAUCUUAACUGUAGUGAGUUUUGUGGAGGUUUUUUUAGCAUUUUAUUGUUAAAUGGAUUUUUGUAAUGAGGUUUCCAGCUCAUUUACAGACUUGGCUAUACCUAGAUAAAAGCACAUGGUCUCCAUGGUGUCCAUUUUGCUAGGUGCUGUCUACGCAAUGUGUGCCAUUCUGCAACUUGCUGAAGAUUCUAUUUCUAUGGUAAGGUUCACAGCACUGUCAAGGUCUGCUGUGGACACAUGCAGUGACACACUUUGUUGUAGUGCUAGUAUUCUGUUUGAGAUCCACAAAGACACUUUAAAUGACACCAGCAGCUCUCUGGGCCAGGAUUUUUGUAGGACUGGCAAGAUUCUUUCUGAAGUCCACCAAGACAUGUUGUGAGACUUUAAAUGACAUCAGCAGCUCUUUGGGCCAGAAUUUUAGUAGCACUUGCCAGAUACUCUCACUAUUUUGGAAAAGUUUUCAAGUGGCACCGACAUAGUUCUCCCUGUUUCAGUAUUAUGGGGCAGAUUUUCUGCCAUGCUGCACCGUGCAGCAAAGGUUGCAGUACAUGUCUUUUUGUGAGGAACCGAAGACUUUGCUGACGUGGUUUAGUGCAGUCAGCAGUUGAAACAGACGUGUUGCAAUUUUCACCUGAUUAAUUAGUGCAGCACAAUACACCUUUAUUGUCUCAUGAGAAAAGUUCAUGUACUCAUUGGGUUAGUGUUGUUCUUAUGUAUCAAGUGUUCCUAACGUGAUAGUCCCAUUAUAUAACACUCCUUACAUGAUACUUCUGUUAUAUAAUGUGCUCCUUACGUGAUACUUCCGUUAUAUAACGUGCUUCUUGCGUGAUAGUUCCAUGAUAUGAAAUGUUUGUGUUCCUUACAUGAUAAUAUUUUGAGGACACGCUCCUUACGCUGUUAGAUGUCAUGUUUUGAUGGUACCUUUUAUCAUGUAUGUACACAUUGUUGAUAUGCAUUUCAUGCCAUCUUCUCACCGAAGCUCGCAUUGCUGACUAUAAUCAAGACUUUCUUACCGCCAGUCAUAUUUGUGAACAUGGGAAACUUGCACAAGUAGGAAUUGUAAGUGUAAUAUCUGUGACAGAGAAAAGUUAUUUUUUAGGUGGGUAUUGUGAGAAAACAAUGCUGAUCCCAGCGAAUCAAGUUCAUUUGAAGUAUUACUUUUUUUCUAAAAGUUUGAUUGCAUGCUGAUGUAAAAAAUGUUGUAUGAUAAGCUUUAUGAAGUAUGAAUGAGGCAUGUUAGUUUGGUGAUGUCUAAAUGUAGUGUGACCACUUGUUUUGCCGCUCGAAUGCCUUGCUUAUGAACUAGAUGGUGAAGAGGAGCGCCUGGUACCGGUCAUCUCUGUCAGGAGUGAAGAUGUGGCACUGAGAGUCCAGUAAAUAAGCUCAUACUCUCA